UGGAGCUCCUCCUGCGUCUGUGUGGUUUUACUUUGACGGUUGUAAACUAACUUAAUUCCCGAGUGAAAACCUCCGCACAUCACCGAUCUGACAACCAAAAGAGAGGGAAUAAAAACACUGAAAUCCUCCCGGGAGAAGAGAGCGGGAGCAGCCGCGUGUGAGACAGCCGGGGAGCUGACGUUUAACCAAACAUUUCUCCAGGGGGAUGGUGAUUCCAUACGAGGGCCAGUCUUUCUCGGCACUGAGGAGGCAGUGCCAGCAAAAUGGACGUCUGUUUGAAGAUCCUCUCUUCCCCACAUCCGACCAGUCUCUGUUCUACCAGAGCAACCAGAUCGGCAGAGUCACCUGGAAAAGGCCUAAGGAGUUAUGCAGCGACCCCCAUCUGUUUGUGGACGGCAUCAGUGCUCACGACCUGCUCCAAGGCCAGCUGGGAAACUGCUGGUUCGUAGCCGCCUGCUCCAGUCUGGCCUCCAGAGAGGCGCUAUGGCAGAAGGUGAUCCCUGACUGGAAGGACCAGGAGUGGGAUGAAGAAAAACCUGAGUCCUACGCCGGGAUCUUCCACUUCCGCUUCUGGCGGUUUGGUGAGUGGGAGGACGUGGUGAUCGAUGACCGGCUGCCCACGGUGAACGAUGGGCUGGUGUACUGCCACUCCAACGACAGCAAGGAGUUCUGGAGCGCGCUGGUGGAGAAGGCCUACGCCAAGAUGUGUGGAUGCUAUGAGGCACUUGAUGGGGGCAACACGGCCGACGCGCUCGUGGAUUUCACCGGCGGUGUGUCGGAGCCAAUGGAUUUGAUGGAGAACAGCUUCAAAGAAGAUGAAGAGAAACGCAACGAGCUGUUCGAGAGAGUCCUGAAAGUCCACGACCGAGGAGGCCUCAUCAGCUGCUCGAUCCGGGCAACCACUGCAGCAGACAUGGAGGCCAGGCUGGCCUGCGGUCUGGUGAAGGGUCACGCCUACGCGGUGACGGAUGUCCGCAGGGUGAGGCUGGGCCACGGCCUGCUGGCCUACUUCAAGUCGGACAAACUCACCAUGAUCCGCAUGAGAAACCCCUGGGGAGAGAAAGAGUGGAACGGAGCCUGGAGCGACAGCUCUGAAGAGUGGAAGAAGGUCAGUAAGAGUGAGAGGGAGAGGAUCGGUGUCGUAGUGCAGGAUGAUGGAGAGUUCUGGAUGACAUUUGAUGACUUUAUCGCUAACUUCACAGACCUUAUCCUGUGCCGUCUCAUCAACACAUCUUACCUAAGUUUCCAUAAGACCUGGGAGGAAGCUGUGAUGCGGGGCUCCUUUCACCGCCACGACGACCCGCUUCUCAACCGAGCCGGGGGCUGCACCAACAACAAGCAGUCCUUCCUCCAGAACCCACAGUACGUUUUUGACGUGAAGAAGCCGGAGGACGAGGUUCUGAUCUGUCUGCAGCAGAAAGACCGCAGAGCCACACUGAGAGAGGGACGAGGAGAAAACCUGGCUAUUGGCUUUGAAAUACACAAGGUGGAGUUAAACAGGACCUACCGUAUGCAUGUCACCCAGCAGAAGGUUGGUGGGAGCGUCUACAUCAACUCAAGGUCUGUGUUCCUACGCAUCGAACUGACAGAGGGGCGCUACGUCAUCAUACCCACAACCUUUGACCCUGGCCUGGAGGGAGACUUCCUGCUCCGCACCUUCACCGACGUGCCGUCCGACUGCAAGGAGUUGACUCUACACGAGCCUCCACAGACCUGCUGGUCCGGGUUGUGUGGUUAUCCCUCUCUGGUCACUCAGGUCCACGUACUGACGGCAAGUGGACUCGCAGGACAAGACUCUGAUGGAGUUUCAGACCCCUACGUAAUAAUUCGUUGUGAAGGAGAAAAGGUUCGCUCUCCGGUCCAUAAAAACACACGCAGCCCCGAAUUCGAUACCAAGGGGCUGUUCUACAGGAAGAAAGCCAACCAACAAAUCAGCAUCGAGGUCUACAACCACAACGUGUUGAUGGACUCCUUCCUGGGUCAGGUGACGUUGCCAGCCGAGCAAGGUCAUUUCCAGCAGACGCUCCACAUGAGGGGCAAGGGCGAUCGCCGGGACAACGACCUGCCGGGAACCCUCACUGUCGCCAUACUGACCAGCACAGUUCUCACCAACAUCUGAGACACACCAUGAAACCGUCCAGUCAGAUAAAGUUUACCAAAUUACCGGUUUACCACCCCAUGAUAUAAAUAAAAUAAAUAUUUGGCAGGAAUAAAGGGUUUACUUUUUUAAGGUUUAAUUUAUAGAAGCUUACACAUGCAGCAGUAGUCCUGUGGAGAUCAUCACGGGAGGAAACCUGAUUCUCUUGCCGUGUUUAAGGCUGAUCCCCUUAAAUGUCAAAAUGAUUUACAGUACCAGUAUCUCCGAAUACCCUUAAACACUUUUUGCAGAUAAGAAUUGCAAAUGACUUCUAGCUAGCUUAUAAACAUUGUUUACAGUUGUUAAUGUUAUGUCUAUCAACCACUACUUACUGUCAUUGUUAUUCUACUCUUUAAUGCCUUAUUCUAUUCUAUUUACUCCUUCUAAAAACCUAUUUACAUGUCUUUUUAUAUCGCCUCAUUCAUAUCUUGUCUCACUGCUUGUCAUGUCUCCUGUACACCACUUUUUAUUGCCUUGUUAAAAUGUGCUAUAUAAAUAAAUAUAAAUAAACUUGC